CCCCACCCAAAUGCAUGCUAGCCUUGUCUUGGCAGAAGCUCUAAUAAAAGAGCCUGUCAUUCAAGGGUUUUGCAUAUCAUCUUUUCUCACGAAGAUGCUGCCAUCUGCUUCUCCUACUCCAGGAUUCAAAAAGAGCAAUCCCAAACCCUAACUGAACCCCCCGCCCUCCCUUUCUCACCCCAAAUACCCUCGUCAUUGCUGUCUUUCGUUGAUCUUUGCCUUGGAUGAAGAUUGUGACACAACAGGACCCCAGUGAGCGCCUCCAAACCCUCUACAUUUCGUUCCAGUGAGAAUUCAUGCAUAAAAACCGCUUACAAGAGUAUGCUCAAAGGUCAUCCAUACCCUUGCCACUGUAUCAGACGGUUAAUGAAGGGUAUCCACAUGCACCACAAUUCAGAUCUACUGUUAUGGUAGAUGGAGCAACAUUCGUUUCAUCUUGUACAUUUUCUCAUCGAAAAGAAGCAGAGCAAGAUGUGGCAAAACUUGCUCUUGAAGGCAUAUCUAGGAAGAUAAAGGACGAAGGCAUCUCCCUAAUUCAUGCAGAUACUACAUUCUGCAAGUCUAUUCUUCAUGAGUAUGCAGCCAAGAUCAAUAUAGAGAAGCCAAUUUAUACAACAUUUCAAUCAGAAGGGGGGCUGCUUCCUUCUUUUAUAUCGUCUUUGGUUUUUGAUGGAAAAACUUAUACGGGUGCUGCAGGAAGAAACAAGAAGGAAGCCGAGCAGAUGGCUGCACGAGCUGUUAUUGAGUCCAUUUUAGCUCACUCUAAUACAAGGAUUCUCAUGUCUCAAAUUAUAAAAUCCAAGGGUAAGUUGUUUGCUGCAAUGCAACAAAACGGUGAGUCAGGUUUAUCGCAGCAGGGAAAUGCAGCCUUUGGAAAGCCAGCAAGGAAUGACUCUAGUAUUAGUACUGUGCAAGGAAAAGAAAUUCAACCUGCCCCAGAAAAUGAUGACUUGGUUGCUGUUGCGAAUCAUGAGCAAUUGCUCUUGGGGCAACUUCCUGUUGCUGUAGAGGCACGUCCAUUUCUUCCUGAAGCUAAGAAACAUAAAGAAGAAUAUCCAUGUGAACAAAGUUCUGGACCAAUUGGAAAUGGCACAUCACUGCCAAGUCUUGCACAAGAAAAAGAAAUUCAGCCUGCCCCAGCAAAUGAUGACUUAGUGGGUGUUGCAAAUCAUGAGCAAUUGCUGUCAGGGCAACUUCCUGCUGCUGCAGAGGCACAUCCAUUUCUUCCUGAAGCUAACAAACCUGGAGAAGAAUACCCAUGUGAACAAAGUUUUGGACCACUUGGAAAUGGCACAUCACUGACAAAUCUUGCACAAGACCACCUGCCUUCAGAAUCACCAAGUAGGGUGCUUGAGUCACCUAAUGAGUCUUAUCAUGCACAACAAAACCAAGUAGAUGAUCUCGCUGGGCCAUCUAUGCAAUCCAGUGAUGCUCAACAUGAAGUUCCUAAUAGCUGGAGAAAGCGCUCGAAGAAGAAACAUAAGGGGGGACGUCAACGCAAGAAAGCGCGAACUGAACAGCUGUCAUCAACUCCACCUGUGUGUGCCGAGAGUGUUGCAGGACAAGAGUCUGAAAGCCAGCCAGGUUCGUAAUCUGUUAACAGAAAGUAGCCUGUUCGGUUUGCAAUACCAUCCGGUGGGCUUAUGUAAGUCUGAUACUUUGUUAACCCCCUGACAGCAUAACCUGAUACCAGUUGAGAAGUCACCGAGUGCUGUUUCGUUUGGUGGCACCUGGCACCUGUGGUAUUCGGAAUCAACUGCCAUGCUUGAUCCUUGGCUUGUUUUGGUUUCAUUGUAGUAGAUUAAGAAUUGACUGGUGCAUUUGUUGAUGUGACAAACUGAUGACAAUGUGUUUUGCAUGGAGUCUUUGUUCAGCAAUGAAAAUCAUUACAAAGUAUUUUUGGAUAUUUUAGGAGAUGCAGGGCAGUUUGCUUUUAACUGCUGCUGCUUUCUGACUGCCGAGAUUUAGGAAACUGGGAUGAUAAAAUGGUUUGGAAACUACAAAAAUUUCUCAUUGUGUGA